GCUACCGCAUUGGGCGGGGCGCAGUAUCACAAGAAUGGAGGCGAUCGGCGGGCAAACGUUUCAUUACACGCUUUGUAAUGUUAAUUCCCGCGGACGCUUGUUAGUUUUUUAAUUUCAGUAUUACCCACGGUGAGAAGAGCCUAACAAAAAAAUUAAUCAAAAGGCCGUGUGGACCAAGAGUGAUGACUACACGAGGGAUUGUCCAACGAGAGUAAAUGAGAGGUGAAGUUUCAGUGUAGGACUCGCUACUGCCUCACUUGUCCCAAACUCAUUGCUAUAAUGGCUGAGCAGCAGCAACAGGAGGAAGCGGAGGGAGUGUAUGUGGAGCACCAGUAUAUGUGCAGCGAGUGCCACCAGCUCUUCAACACCCUGGAGGAUGUGCUGGUCCAUCAGCAGAUCCACAUGGGCCAAGAAGAAGAAGGGGAGGGUGAGGUAACGGAGGCCAUGACCAUCCACGGUGUCCCAGAGGUGGGCCAGAGUCAGCAGUACCAGUGUCUGGAGUGUGGGAGCCUCCUCAUGAACCCAGAGGAGCUGUUGCAGCACCAGGAGAUGCACAUGAGAGAGGUUGGAAUUGAGGUGGAGCAACAAGAGCUGUGUGAGGUUAUGGAGGCGGAGGAAGCUGGAUCAGAGGCCCAGGUGGCGGGACCUGUGCAGUACCAGUGUCUUGACUGCCUGGCUCUGUUUGACUCACCUGAGACCUGGCUGGAGCACCGGCGGACCCACAGCAGGAGCAGCACACACAGUAACACCGAGACCACAGAGUACAUGUUACAGCCGGACGGCACCGUCACUCCACUGACCAACGUGCAGAACUACGUGUUGAGUGAGCAGCAGGCUGGAGAAAUCUUGGCUCAGGUGCUCGCUCAUCAGCAGCAGCAACAACAGCAGAGGAAACACCAUUCUGCAUCUAAACCUGCUGCACCCUCCCGCUCCUCUCUGCUGCCUCCUGUAACUCCGACUCCAGGAUCUGCCACUAUGCACCUACAGAUCCUGACAGCUCAAGCUCUGGCAGAUAGCUCCACCACUCCUGGUCGCCGGCGCUCCAAGCUGCCCGCUCUGUUACCCUCUGUGGGCCACAGCUCCUCAGUAAAGCUGGAGAAUGGCAUCCAGAGACUGGAGUUGAGGCUGGCUCCAGGUGUCCACCCUGACAGCCAGCAGCAGCAGCCAACAGAGGUGGUGGUAAUCCACCCGUACGAAUGCUCAGAGUGCUCCCUUCUCUUCCAGACACCGGAGGACUUCCUCCAACACCAGGGAGAUCACUUCCUGGGCCAGGACAAAGAGAGCGGCGAGCCAGGGGUCAUGAGUGGCAUUGAGGAGGUGCGAUGGAGGGAGGAGAUGACCGAGAAGGUGGAUGACAUACGCAUCAGAGGAGCAGAGAAAAAAACUGCUGUGUGGGCUAAACCCCAACAGUGUGAGCUCUGUAACCGAACUUUCACCUCAGUCAACCGGCUGGCCGCUCACAAGCGCGUGCAUGAACAGGGAACACACGAAUGUCCGGAGUGUGGGAAGGUAUUCAAGAAGGCCACAUCACUGCAGACGCACAUGCGCACGCACUCUGGCGUGGCCCGAUAUCUUUGUGUGGACUGUGGCAACGGCUACACCACCGAGAUGACUCUGAUCAUGCACAGGAAGUCCCACACUGCAGACCCCCUUCAUAAGUGUAAUUUCUGCAAUAAAACCUUCACUAACAUGACCAAGUAUCUCUACCACCGUCGAAUCCACCUCAACCGUGACACAUCUGGAGCAUCCAUCCCUGUCCCUGCGGUCUCGGCUCCGAGACGAGCGUCUGCCUCUGCUCUUGCCAUCCUACAAAGAGCAAGAAUGAAGAAGUAUUUCCCCAAUGAUGAGGCAAAAAUAGACCUGCUGGCUCCUCUCACUGAGGAAGACACGGUAAAAUUGGGAGAUACUAGACAAAGCCCUCAGAGCAAAGCAGAAAGACGUGAAGAUGAGAAGAAGGUGGGGGAAAACAGCAUGGAGGUGUCUGAGCCAUGUGAAGAAAAACUUGAUGAUGUGCAGCAGGUGAAAGAUGGCUCCGCUACAGAGCCUGCUGCCAGGGGUGACGCGGGUGUGGCGGUGUCCUGUAGCCCCACGGACGAAGCAGACGUUGCCUCGGCUACACCAUCGGAAAAGGGGUCCUUUUCCUGUCGUUCGUGCCCUAAAACAUUCACCUCGCAACUGCAGCUCGUACAACACCGACGCAAAUCCCACGUUCCCGAGCGCAGCUUUGUGUGCGGCAUGUGUGGAAAGUCUUUUAAGAAGCAGAUCCACGUGCGAAACCACAUACGCACGCAUACCGGCGAAAGGCCCUUCCAGUGCUCGGACUGCGGCAAAACCUUCUCAUCUCUUGCCAACCUGACGAGGCACAACCUCAUCCACUCGGGCGUGCGGCCGUACCGCUGCGACGUCUGCCACCGCUCCUUCUCGCAGUCGUCUAACCUCCGUCAGCACAGCCUGCUUCACUCGAGCGCAGCCACACUGAGCUGCCCAGACUGUCCCGCCACUUUCCGCUGGCCCACUAAGUUGGCAGCACAUCGCUUCACACAGCAUCCAGGAUCUCCAGCGCCUUUUCCCUGUUUUCACUGUGAGGCUGGCUUCCUGACCAAUAGGCAGCGAGAAAGCCACUGCCUGCAGGAGCACCCCGGGCUGGUCCAGGCAGCUAAAGAGUCAGAGGAGGGCAAAGAGAAUGGCAGCCAAGCAGAUGCAGGGAAAGAUCUGACCUCGGAGCCCUCCACCUCAACGUCCGAGUCCGGGGAUUCAUCCAGCCAUGUGAGAGGGAGCCUGGAUUGCAACGUUUGUGGGAAGAAGCUCAAUUCUCCCGCCAAUCUACGACUUCACAGGCUGAGCCACUUCACCUUGGGGCCUGGGCGGCCACGGUGCACCCCGGGGAAGAGGCCCAAAGCUCACCAGUGUCCCCUCUGUGGCAAACUGUUUGUGUCGUCCUCCGGAGUGGCGCUUCACCAGCGGGUCCACACAGGUGAACGUCCGUUCCCCUGCCAAGUGUGCGGAAAGCGCUUCCGUCAGAACACGCACCUGCGAGAACACCUGCGCACGCAUUCGGGUGAAAGGCCGUUCCGCUGCGAGAUCUGCGGAAAGGGUUUCAUCCAGAGCAUGCACCUGGCAGAGCACCGUCGAACGCACACAGGCGAGCGGCCGCACGUGUGCCCCCUGUGUGGCAAAGCCUUCAAGACCUUCUCUAACCUGAGGAACCACAAAAAGACCCACGUGAGGCAGCAGAGGCUGGACGAGGAGGCCGCUGCUCAAGCUGCCCUGGAGGUCAGUUCUGCCGUGGCCGUGGUGGACGCUUCGGCCGUGGAAGUAUCCAACGGGCAGCCUCAGGUCAUCCAGAUCCAGUCCUCUGAUCUACAGCAGGCACCAACCAUCAUGUGUAAUGAAUUCGGGGAGACGAUCGCCAUCAUUGAGACCAGCGAGGGAGCAGUGCUGCCCCUGGAGCAGGCCCUGGAGAUUUAUCACACAGCUUUGGAGAACGGACUCGCCAUGGACACGGUCGCCGUGGACGGACUGCAGCUCCUCUGAAUCACCAAAAAAUAAGUUUACCUUUAAAAGCUUUCACGAGUGCUAAUUGUGACUUAAAGACUAAUCGACUACUGUGAGGAGGAGACUUGAGUACUGAAACCAGCUAAUGAACGACUAGAUAAGAGUGCUUAAACAAGAGAUGAAAUAGUUUUGGCAAACAGACCAAAGUACGCCUCCUCCCCUCUUUUAGUGACCUCUGAGAUGGCUCGGCAUUAAAAUCUAAUGAAACGAUGUUCACUGAAAUAAAGGAUUUGCUGUUGGUGAUGAAUAAGGACUACUGGUUGUGCCACAGAUCGUAUUUGUAUUAUUAAUGGUAUAUUUCAUCAUUUGGAUGUGAUUUUGUUUUCCUCUGUUUAAAUGUUUGGUCAGCUUGUUAAUAAAUCUUUUUUUUAAGAUCAUAA